AUGGCAAACGGUGAAAAAAGAUUAAUACCAGAAGACAGAAUGGAAAAAAGAAAAGUUACGAAAAGACGUCAAACUGGUACUACAGCAAAGGAUGAUAUUGAGCUUUUUCAAUCACCACCCAGUUCACCAUGCCUGACACCCAGAUCUUCACAUCUUACAUCUUCCUUAGAAGCCCCUUCUCAGUUACAGACACCUUUUUCAUCUCCAUCAUCUUCAAGACCCACAUCUCCAGAUAUUAUAGAUGCAUCAUUUUUUAUACCUUCACCUUCUCGUUCCUCUACUCUUUCUUCCACUUUGUUUCCCAAAGAAUAUUGUCCCAAUGUCGCAAUUAUCACUAUUGUAACUAGUGAAACUAGUGAUCAAAUUUUAUUAGACGAAGAAUUUAUUAUUCAAGAACAAAUGUAUCAACAAAAUAUAGAAGAUAUCACUCAUAUGAAUGUCGUUAAUAGUUCUAUACCUCCAUGUGCUAGAUGUCCACCAGAAAUAAUAUAUCACAUAUUUGAGAUUUUACAUAUUCUUCAUCAACCUUCCUUAUUCUCUUGUAUUCUCGUUAAUCAUCAAUGGAAUGCCAUUGGAACUAAUGUUCUUUGGAAUUCACCAAAAUUUACUCACAUGCCAUCAUCAACAGCAUCAUUAACAUCAUCAUUAAAUCAUCCUUAUUCUUCUUAUAUUCGCACUUUGGAUCUUACUCAUCUCACAGAACAUGAUCGUAAUAAUUCAUCCUUAUCAUCACAUCUUCUUCGUUUACUUCCACUUAUUCAUACAGAAAAUCUUCACACACUUAAUUUAAGUUUUGUUAAAGGAAUUACCAAUAGUUAUCUCACAAAAUUAUUAUCACCAUUUUUUAAUUGUAUUCGUACUUUAAAUCUUGCUGGUGGAUCACGUUCAGAUACAUGCCUUUCAUCAAUUAUACCUCAUUGUCAUCAAAUUCAAAAUCUUUCACUUGCAUGGAAUACUUCACUUUCAGAUGCAUCAAUUAAUAAAAUUUCAACUGUAUGUGGUGAUAAAUUACGUACACUUGAUUUAACAAAUUGUGAAAAAGUUAGUGAUAGAUCAAUGAAUUCUAUUUCACAAUAUUGUAUAAAAUUAAGGGAAUUAAGAGUUAGUUAUUGUCGUGGAGUAAGUGAAAUAGGGGUUAAAUCAGUAAUUGAAGGUUGUGAAGGAUUAAAAUUAUUAGAUUUAGUAGGAUGUUUAAUUACUGAAGGAUCACCUUCUUGGGUAGAAGAAAGUUGA